UCUGUGAAACUUUUUGGGCACACCUGAACUUUGAGCGAAUGUACAUGUAGCUAAGCUUUUAUCGAUAUUUUCUACUUUUUCUCUUUGUUACUUGAAUCUAAAUGUACUGAAUGCUGUUCUUUUAAAUUUCGCGCUGUUUGCUCCGCCUGUAAAGGGAUUAGCAGGCUAACCUGUUAGCUAGGAAGCCAUGGAAAACCAACGGCGGAUGUAGCAUUAAGUUGAGUAAGAGGAUUAUUUUCUUAAUUUAUGCCCUAAAUUUGUGUAGACUCCUUUAAAAUGGAGGUGACGGACAUCGGAAACAAAGAGGAGGGUAAAGUCUGGCAUCGAAAACCAACACCGGGGAAAAGUGUAUUAGUGACGGUGAUCCGCACCGCUCAACAAGCCAAGACGGUGCGUUUCCUCCACGUGGCCUUUGACACCACAGGAGAUUCUUUUCUUGCCGGAGAUCACCAUGGCAACAUUUAUGUUUUUGACAUCAGCAGAAACAGAUUUCGCCUGGUGCAGAAGACAGGACAGGCUUGCACUGCUCUGGCAUUUACCCUCCGCAGGACCACAGAGUUCCUUGUGGCUUUAGCUGACUACACUCUCAAAUGCUUUGACAAAGACACAAAGCAGCUGGUCAGUUGGAUGCGAGGUCACGAGGGAGCAGUGUCAUACAUCUCUGUCCACAGCUCGGGCCGCUAUGCCAUCACCACGUCGUCAGACACGGCUCAGCUCUGGGACCUGGACACCUUCCAGAGGAAGAGGAAGCUCAACAUCAAGCAGUCUGUUGGCAUACAGAGGGUAUUCUUCCUGCCUCUCAGCAACACUAUUCUCAGCUGUUUUAGUGAUGACUCUAUCUUUGCGUGGGAGAGCGACACACUGUUCUGCAAAUAUCAGCUCCCUGUUCCUGACAGUGGACCCAGAAUCUCCUACAAGGCCUUCGCUGUCACACGUGAUGGUAAGAGCCUUGCAGCAGGCGGCCGCUCCAACCUGCUGCACCUGUGGUGUCUGGAGAGCAAACAGCUGGUCAGGGUAAUUCAGAUGCCCACGCAGGUUCGAACUGUCAGACAGCUGGAAUUCUUGCCUGACAGCUUUGACGGAGGAGCCAGCCAGAGACAGGAGGUGUCAGCAUUGCGUGCAGAUUUUGUGCGGCGCCAAGCUGAAGAGGAGACCUAUUAUGCUCAGCAGGAGCUGCUGCAGAAAGCAGAAGAACAGCGCAGAAACAUCCUAACACAAGAAGAGGAAAAACUAACACAGCAGAGAGCAAAGUUGGCUGCCAUGAAGAGAGAGCUGAAGGUGAAGGAGUUACAGCUGCUGGAUGCAACUCGAAGACGCUUUCUCAAACACCAGCAGGACUUGAGAGCGUCACAGAUACAGAGACUAGACCAAGAGAUCAGCAGGAAGAUGGAUCUCCGUGAGCAGGAGACGGCUGCAGCGGUCCAGGAUCUAGAAGUCAGACAGAUGGAACUGGAGGCUCAGAGGAAACGACUGGAACAGCACUUGUUGAAAGAGCAGGAGCGUGUAGGACGGCAGGUUGAGGAGGAGGUGGAGGUGAGAAUGAGGAAAGCGGAGAGAGAGGAGGAGAGCUUCACAGAGCUGCUGCACGGCACUCAGACAAACAUGCAGGCCCUGGAGGAGUCUCUGGCAGAGGCUUGCCAGCUGGGCUUGGAGUCGGACUGGCAGAGAGAGGUGGCGGAUCGCCUGCAGCAGGUCGACGCUGAGCAGGAGAGGAAGAGGGAGAGACUGGCAGAGCUUCACAAGCAAACCCUGGCAGAGGAGGAGAGACUGGCUGACACCAUAAGAGAUGUGGCAGGAAGUAAGUGGGAUGAAGUGAUGAGUACCAGAGCCCAGUUACAGGAGCAGCAGCAGCAGCCCUGGUAUUCAGCAGAUGCAGAUGAGAAACAGAUGAGAUUAAGGUUGCAGUGUUCGACUGGAGGACGUCCUCACAGACCCACUGCCACCACUGCUGUUUCUGUUGGAACCAAAGGUGUCGGUCCAGCAAUCAGAGCCAACGGUGCUCCCACUCCGACGCAGGCAGGGACCAAAGUGGUGUGUCUGAACAGCAGUUCACCUUCAGAGAGCACCUCCACCAACUUCUCCCUGGAUCGGGGCCGGGCCCAGCUGGACAGCAGCGAGCGAGAACUGCUGAAGGAAAUCACAGAACUGAGACAGAAGCUGGCAGCCAGAGCCAGAGAGGGCAGCUCUGCCUCCUCACAGUCUGUCCACACACUGUCCUCUGUCUCCCAGUGACCACAAACUCCUCUAUGUCCUUCAAAGUGUCACAGAAACAUAUUCUCAUCUCAAGCUCCCUAGAAGGGAACAGAAACAGUGAGUCAGACCAAGCUGAACUGAGUGGAUCGCUUCUGUCUGAUUACCUCUUUCCAAGGACUCGUAUUCUGUCUUUCUCUCCUUCUUGAGCUACAAAUUACUGAUGCAACAAGAGUCAAGUUUACCUGGACAUCAUCAACCACUAUGUCAUAAAAACCCACCUUCUCUAUGUAAAUGGGCUGAUCCUUUGCAUUUCUGGCUGUGCUGUUGGUUCAUACGAUGCGCAGACGGUUGCGCUAGCAUUCAAGUCAACCUGAAAUCCAUGGGUGGGCUCUCUCAUAAUAUUCUUUUUACUUGUCUUAGCCUCUGCAGCUGGUGGACGUUACUCAGACAAACUGAGUGGCUUUGCUAAUUCUGUGAUCAAACAUUCACUUCUUCUACAUCGUACAGUAUCAAAUCUUGCAGCCAUGGUCAACAUAUUAAUAACACUGUCAUACUACCAUUAUUCAUGAUUUUGUUUUUUUAACUUAAUGCACUGUUUCUCUUGGAAAUUUUAUUUUAAUGGAUUUUAUA